UUAUGAAAUGUAAUUCUAAUGAAUCAAAAUUAUCGAUGACCACAGCCAAUGAUCCGCGUGGAAAAAUAUUUGCAUCAUCAGAAUUUGAGAAUUGCGAUGAUUCCAUUGCAACAAUAGCGACAUCAACAACAACAACUACGACAAAAACAAUGUCAUCAUUAUCGAAUACAAAUUCAAUGAUUCAACCAUCGUCAAAUAUGAUCAUAUCAUCAUCAUCAUCAUCAUCAUUACCGAUCACCAGUGUUCGAUCAUCAACAACACCAAAAACACGUGGCCGCACAGGUGGAAACAAACGUACAGGGAAAAAACAAUCAAUAAACAGCAAUAAUAACAAAAAUCAUUGUGGUAAUAUCGAUUGUGGUUAUGUUGCACAGUCAUCAGGUUCCAGAUCAUCAAAAAUCAAGAAUCAUCAAAUGAUGAUGAUCAAUUCAACAACAAUAACAACGACAACAACGGCAUCGAUAUUACCAUCAACAACCACAACCACAAGCACAAUGGCAGCAACUGGACAUUUAUUACAAUCAGCACUAUCAGGUGAUCGAUCACCAGCAUCAUCGAUAACAACAACAUUAUUCAAUGGUAAAUUGAAUAAUUAUCAACAACAACAACAAGUGGAUCAUAAGAAUCCAUUAUCGAUACGUAAUAACAGUAGCAAUAGUAGUUGUACAUCACCAAUGAUCAAUUCAAAAAUGUUAUUAUUAUCAUCAUCAUCAUCAUCAGCAACAGCGGACUGUCAAAUUCCAAUGGUCAAUAAUAAUAAAUCUGAUUGUCAAUAUGGUAGUAGCUAUAGAUAUGAUGAUUGUAAUGUAGAAAAUCAAUUACCACCACCACCACCACUACAACAACAACAACAACAACAGAUGAAAAGACAAAUGAUUUAUCAUCAAACAUUAAAUUGCGGUUCAAUAUCAACAUCGACAUCAUCAUCAUCGAUUGGUCAGGCAUCAUCACCGAAUAGUAUACAGACAUCAUUGAUGCAACAAAAUAAUCGUAUGAUGAUUAUUGGAUCACAAUAUGAACAAUAUGGCCAUAAUCAACAUCACCACCACCACCAACAACAACAACAACAACAACAAUAUUGUGAUCAAUAUACAAUUACCAAUCAUCAACAGCAACCAUAUGAUACAAUUCAUAAUAAUGAUAAUAAUAACACAACAUCGACAAUAUGGCAAUCAUGUCGUGAUCAAUUUUGA